GAAUUUCUGAUAUACCAUCAAAUGUAACGGUAAAGAAAUCGUUAAAUAGACUUGUCUUAAUUUGUGUCCCAAUUCUGCAAAAGCAUACAUACACAAUAAUAUGGGUAGUAGCAGAUGGAUUAAUUGUUGUGCAUGGAGGGGUUCAGAAGCUUCUUCUACAAUGAGGCUCUUCUUGUUCAUGGUGCCUCUCUUAGUGCUUGCGGGCUUUGCUUCUAUAAAGGGUUCAACUGUUUAUAACGGAAGAGAUUUUAUUGCAAAACGUUAUGCCUCGUGGAGCUCUCUAAUUACUCCUUCAAAUUCCUCGUCACAAACACUUCUUGAUCCUCCUUCAAAUUCCUCUUUACAAACACUUCAUCAAUCUAAUGAAACUGAAGUUUUCAAUGUCUCCAAACCCGGGUUCAAUUUAGCUCCUGCAAAUGAAUCUGAUGAAUCUCACCCAAGACAGAAGCGGAAAAGAAAAUUCAGUUUCUUAGAUAAAACUGAAGCUGUUCUAGCACAAGCUCGAGCUGCAAUCAGAGAAGCUGAAAAUUGGAAUCAAACACAAGAUUCAGAUUAUGUUCCAGUAGGUCCAAUGUAUUGGAAUCCUAAGGAAUUUCACAGGAGCUACUUAGAAAUGGAGAAACAAUUCAAAGUAUUUGUCUAUGAAGAGGGGGAACUUCCAGUUUUCCAUGAAGGACCAUGCGCCAGCAUAUACUCCACGGAGGGGAGCUUCAUCCAUGCUAUUGAAAUGAAUGAGCAUUUUAGAACAAGAGAUCCCAAGAAAGCACAUGUGUUUUUCCUUCCUUUUAGCGUAGUAAUGAUGGUUCGAUACGUGUACAUAAGGGACUCACACGAUUUUGGCCCCAUAAAAAGAACAGUCAGGGACUAUAUCAAUGUCAUUGCUGCAAGAUACCCUUAUUGGAAUCGAAGCCUUGGAGCUGAUCACUUCAUGCUCUCUUGCCAUGAUUGGGGGCCAGAGGCUUCAAAAUUCUCACCUUACUUGCGUAAGAACUCUAUUCGUGUACUUUGCAAUGCCAACACCUCUGAAGGAUUCGACCCUAGAAAGGAUGUUUCAUUUCCAGAAAUUAAUCUCCAACGUGGUCCAAUAGAUGGUUUACUUGGUGGGCCAUCUGCAUCUCAACGUUCAAUUUUGGCAUUCUUUGCUGGAGGCAUUCAUGGCCCCAUUAGGCCAAUUCUUCUUGAGCAUUGGGAAAAAAAGGAUGAAGAUAUUCAAGUUCACCAGUACCUCCCAAAGGGUGUUUCUUACUAUGGCAUGUUGAGGAAGAGCAAGUUUUGCCUCUGCCCUAGUGGGUAUGAGGUGGCAAGCCCUAGAGUGGUGGAGGCAAUUUACACAGGGUGUGUUCCUGUGCUCAUUUCGGAUCACUAUGUCCCUCCUUUCAGUGAUGUUUUGAAUUGGAAGAUGUUCUCAGUUGAGGUUUCUAUGAAAGAAAUUCCCAACUUGAAGGACAUUUUGAUGAAUAUUUCUCCAAGGAAGUACAUAAGAAUGCAAAAAAGAGUGAGACAAAUUCGGAGACACUUUGAGGUACAUUCUCCACCCAAGCGAUAUGAUGUGUUUCAUAUGAUACUUCAUUCUGUGUGGCUUAGGAGACUUAAUUUCAGAGUCCUUGAUGAUCAAUGAUUUGUAAGUGACAAUAACUAAUAAAUUACUUCACCAUAUUCACUUUGGGAAUAAUGUAAAUCCAGAGGCAAGAAAAAUAUAACUAUUUAAAUUCAGUUGUGAUCUUUUGUUUUCACAUCAAUUUUCACAUUUAUCCUG